AUGUCCUUCCUCGCCUCCGUCCGCUCAACAAUCGCGCCUCGUCUGGCCCUCCGACCUAUCUCCGCCAGCACCGGUUCUAUUUCUUCUUCCUUCCACACUUCCUCCGUCCGUCAGGGCCUCAAGGAGUCGGAUCACAACCGUGAAGACCUGCACAACAUCUACGAGUCAUCGAAGGAAGAGCAAUUGAAGAGCACCAAGGAGGGAAAAGCCCACUGGAAGCAGGAAUUGGCGAGUAACAGUGAAGCUUUUAUCAAAGCCGAUCGAGGCGAUCUCGACGGUGAGGUCGACCUGAAGGAUUUGCAGCAUAAGACGAAGCACUUGCCUAAUGAGAAGGAUGCCAGUAAGAAGGGUCAAUAA